AUGUUUAUUAAUCAACAAUAUGUUUAUAUUCUUUAUAUUGAUAUUAUUCUUGUAACAUGUGGUACUUAUUCCAAUGUUAGUGUAAAAAUAGUUUGGUUCAAUAAUAAUUUUGCUUCAUUAACUCGACGUGCAGUUGCAUCAGCAUUAAUUGUAUCUGUUGGUACAUUGGGUGGAGUAAUAUCAGGACAGAUAUAUCGAACAAAAGAGAAACCACGAUAUUUUAUAGGUCAUACAACUGCAUUUAGUUUUAUGGUUUUACAAACAAUAUUAGUCGUUAUUCUUCGUUUGAUAUUUUUACAUAUUAAUCAUCAACGAUCACGAAUGAAUAAUGAAGAAAUUAAUCAGGAGAUUAAACGAUAUGGAGGAAAUGAAUUAGUCGGAGAUCGUCAUCCAGAAUUUCGAUAUACAUUGUAA